CCUACUUUUAUCCUAUAUAAAGACUUGAAAAUGCUCAUACUUCCUACAAAUAAUUAGUGAUAACUGAGCUUUACAAGAAACUAAGCCAAUGGCCCAGAGUAGCUCUAUUUCUGCACUUGUAUUUCUGUUAUUACCGUUGCUCUUGCAGUUCUACUCGGGAAAAUGUGAGCUUCAGCUCAACUACUAUUCAGAGAGCUGCCCACAAGCUGAAGAAAUCAUCAAACAACAAGUUCACUCUCUGUAUUAUAAACACGGAAACACAGCCGUUUCCUGGAUUCGAAAUCUUUUUCAUGAUUGCAUCGUCAAAUCGUGUGACGCCUCAUUACUAUUGGAGAGCGUAAACGGGAUUCAAUCGGAGAAGAUAUCAACCAGAAGUUUCGGUAUGAGAAAUUUUAAGUAUGUCAACACCAUCAAAGCGGCUCUGGAGAGUGCAUGCCCUGCCACCGUUUCUUGUGCUGAUAUUGUGGCUCUUUCAGCGCGAGAUGGCGCUGUCAUGUUGGGAGGACCGCAUAUUGAAAUGAAAACAGGGAGGAAAGAUAGCAAAGGGAGUUACUUGACAGAAGUCGAAACUUUCAUCCCUAAUCACAAUGAUUCCAUGUCUUCUGUGCUCUCCACCUUUCAGGCUGUGGGUGUUGACGCUCAAGGCACCGUUGCUCUAUUAGGUGCUCAUUCAGUAGGAAGAGUCCAUUGCCUGAAUGUUGUGAACAGAUUGUACCCGAGUGUAGACCCUAGCUUGGAUCCCAAAUAUGCAGAGUACCUCAAGGGCAGAUGCCCGAAUCCACAACCCAACCCAGUGCUAGUGGAAUACGCAAGAAAUGACCGCGAAACACCCAUGAUACUAGACAAUAUGUACUACAAGAACCUGCUUAACCACAAAGGACUCCUGUCAAUUGACCAGGAGCUGCUUUCUGAUCCUACCACAUCUCCCUAUGUUCAACAGAUGGCUGCUGAUAAUACUUACUUCCAUGACCAGUUUGCUCGAGCUCUGCUCAUUUUAUCCGAAAAUAAUCCACUUACUGGUGAAGAUGGGGAGGUAAGGAAGGAUUGUCGCUUUGUAAACAGAAAAUAAGUAAUGAAGAUUGUGACACACUGCUCUAUAAAAAAAAAAAAUGUGUUUAGCAAUGUGUCUCCAUGUAUUUCUUUUCCGGUGCUUAUAUUUGUGUACUCAAAUUACUUGUGUCUCUGCAAAAAUUCCAUGGGCUGGGUUUGUUGGCUUGAUGGAUCAUGAAAAUAUGUAUAAGAUUGGCCCUUAAAGCGUCAAGUUCUAAAAUCUUCCAUCAAGUUUUUAUUAAUCUUAGUUUAAGAUGAAAUUCAUAUGAAA